AUGCCUCCCAAGAAGACCAAGGCUGCCGCUGGCGGCGACGACAUCGACGAUCUCUUCGAGGGCAUCGGCGGUGAGGCUCCCGCUCCCAAGAAGUCCCUCGAGAAGAAGCCCAAGCCCACCACCGCCGCCUCCAAGGCCAUGGCCGACCAGGACAUCCUCGCCGAGCUCGAAAAGGACCUCGAGCAGCCUUCCCGCCCGCACACGCCCCGUAUUAAGGAGACGGCCGCCAAGGGCCCUCCUCGACGCUCUGCCACCCCGACGAUUGACGACAAGGCUGCUGCCCCUCGCAAGUCUACCGACAGCGCCCGCUCUUUGCGCGCGAGCUUCACCCCCAGCGCUACGAGCUCCGAUCUUCAAGAGACGGAGAAGACGACUGCGUCGUCCUCUGCCGCCGCUGCCGCUCCCGCUGCUGGUGGUGGCUGGUGGGGAAGCGUCUUCUCCACUGCCUCUGCCGCCAUGAAGCAGGCCGAAGCUGCGGUCAAGGAGAUUCAGAAGAACGAAGAGGCCAAGAAGUGGGCUGAGCAGGUGCGAGGGAACGUUGGCGGCUUGAGAGCAUUGGGCGACAACCUUCGCCAGCAGGCCAUGCCGACCUUUACAAACAUCCUCCACACCCUCGCGCCCCCGAUCAGCUCCCACGAACGUCUGCUCAUCCACAUCACCCACGACAUGGUCGGAUACCCCUCUCUCGACCCCUUGAUCUACGGCACCUUCUCGCGCGUCAUGUCCCAGGUCGAGGGCGGCGAGCUCAUGGUUAUCCAGCGCGGCCAGGAGAACACCAGCAGGAGAUACUCCAACGACGGCGGGGCCGGCUGGCGAGAUGGCCCCUGGUGGAGGCAGGCUGACUCCCCUCGUGACCUCGGCAUGAUCAAGGGUCUCAUCGAGGGUACCAAGCUCUGCCGCGCAGGCGCUGAGGGCUACGCCAACGAGUACUUUGGAGCCCACGGCGGUCUGGAGCAGGCCAGGAUUCGUGCCACCGAGCCUCUGAGCGAGGAGAACCCGGUGCGCAGCUCCGACCUGUUCCUUGCCAUCCAGGCUGUUGGCACGACCUCAGACUCUGCCCUCUUUGCGCGAACUGCGGCUGUUGAGAAGGAGAAGGAGGCGUCUGCUGUGGCCGAUGUGGAUGAGGCGGAUGAGAUGGUCUGCUUUGCGGUCUUCUGCCUGGACCCCGUCCACGAGAUUGAGUACUCGGCCAUCAGCCAGUCUAUCCCCGCAAGGUGGAUCCAGUGGUUGGAUGCGUCCAACCCGUUGACGCCCGCCAGCGGCGAGGACGGCCAGGCGUCUUUGAACCAGUCGAUUCCUGACGAAAUCCGUGAGAUUGUCGAGGGCGGCGGCGUCGACCCCCGCGAGUGGGUUGCCGAGUGGAUCGAAGAGCUUCUUGGCCUUGCGGUCGGCGUUGUUGCUCAGAGAUACGUCGCCAGGAGAAUGGGCGUUGGUGAGGGCGGCAUUGGCAAGGGCAAGAGGCGCAUGGAUGAGCUCGUUGAGGAUGGCGGCGGCGAGGCUGCCCGUGCCGGACUGAUUUGA